GUAUAUAAUCUAAUAUACAAAUAACUUCAAAGUCAAGGGCAACAUCAACAUGUAUAAAAAAAAAUAAAAAAAAAUACGUGUAUACAUUACACACCCGAAGGGGAACAUCAAUAUAAUAAUUUUAUUUCUAAAAGAAAAGUCAAAAGUAGGAAAGGGCGUAUAUAACACGGUUUGAACAUAGAGAUGUGGUGGUCCACGUCAUCGUCUUCUUCCACCUAUCACGCGCUAUUUCUUCCACUUUCUUUCUGCUUUUUCUACCCCAUUUACACCUUCCCCUUCUCCCUCUCAUUUCUCUCCACCAAUAUUCCGACAAAAAAAAAACUUCAAUAAAAUCUCUCCAUUAACUCGACAUUUUCAGUGUAGUUUGCAAUUCAAACGCGUAAACAUCUGAUUUCAAUUCAUCGAACAUGUUGCGGAUGUGUGUUAAGCCUUUAGAAAGAUGUUUAGGACGACGGAGUGGUGAUGUACUUUUAUGGCAUAAUGACUUGAAGCCUCAUGCCUCCGGCGACUUCUCCAUCGCCGUUGUUCAGGCCAAUUCUAACCUUGAAGAUCAAAGCCAGGUUUAUACUUCGCCUUCCGCUACGUAUGUUGGCGUCUACGAUGGUCAUGGUGGCCCUGAAGCUUCUCGUUUUGUUAAUUCUAACCUUUUCCCCUUCAUUCAUAAGUAUGCAUCCGAACAAGGAGGUAUAUCCGCAGAUGUUAUAAAAAAGGCAUUCAACGCCACAGAGGAGAAGUUUUUCCAGUUCGUGAAGCAUCAAAUGUCCAUUAAACCACAGAUUGCAUCAGUUGGAUCAUGUUGUCUUGUUGGUGCUAUUUCUAACGAUGAAUUACAUGUCGCUAACCUUGGAGACUCACGAGUAGUCCUUGGCCAGAAGGUUUCCGAUGGAAGAAAGGAUAAAGUAGUUGCAGAGCGUUUGUCACGAGAUCAUAAUGUCUCAUAUGAAGAAGUGAGGAAGGAGGUAGAAUCACAGCAUCCUGGUGAUUCACCUGUUGUUAUGUAUUGCCGUGGAGUUUGGAGAAUCAAAGGCAUAAUUCAGGUAUCACGAUCAAUAGGUGAUUUCUAUUUAAAGAAACCCGAAUUCCACAGGGACCCACGUUAUCUACAGUAUGGAAACCAUGUUCCAUUGAAGAAAGCUGUAUUAUCAGCAGAACCUUCCAUCAUUUCAAGAAAACUCAAAUCCCAAGAUUUGUUUUUAAUAUUCGCUUCCGAUGGACUUUGGGAGCAUUUGAGCGAUGAAACAGCAGUUGAUAUUGUAUAUAAUAAUCCAAGAUCGGGGAUAGCAAAAAGACUGGUAGGGGCAGCGAUACGUGAGGCGACAAAGAAGAGGGAGUUGAGAUACAAGGAUAUAAUGAAAAUCGAGAGGGGUAUUAGGCGUCAUUUUCACGAUGAUAUAUCUGUGAUAGUAAUAUAUCUUGAUCGUGAGAAGGGUACAUCGAAAAACAGGAAGCUAGGGUUUACAACAGCGCCUAUGGAUAUAUUUUCUCAUAAUGAAGAUAAAAAUCACAAAACUGUGGAAGAUCCCCUUUUGGCCAAUUAAGAAUGCUUGAUUAAGACCCUAAAAAAAGAGUGUAAAUAUUUAACAAGAUUGAAUGUAGGAAUUUAGGAUUGGUGAUGGGUGUCUUGUAUCUUCAUCUAUAAAGUUCUAACAUGAUAUUUCUUUGUUUUUUGGUUGAUGAGUUGGGGUUAUAAAUAUAAUGUAUGCUAUUUUACACUAGUUUUGCUAUAUAUAUAUUGCUCCAUUUUCGUUUCAUUGUGUGUACAUUUUCUGUGAUCAAUAAAAAGCUAGAGCCUUUUAGGUAAUGAUCUUCAUGGUGUUAAAGUCAUCUGUCCAUACUUCAUAGCAAUGAUUGUUUGAAGUGAAGGGGUUUUGGGGUUAAUAGGUUAUGUAAGUAUGUAUUGAUUGAUUUUGUCUUUGUAUUG